AGCGCCAUCUGUCGUCCGUCCAUGUAAUGUCUUGUAUUCCCAUCAUACCUUUUAACAUCCUUUCUAAUAAGGCUGUCGUCGAAGCCUCUGUUAGCCAUGGGCAAGUUUAUGAAACCAGGACGUGUAGUCCUAGUACUCGGAGGCCGAUUCGCUGGUCGCAAAGCUGUGAUUGUCAAGAACCACGAUGAUGGUUCAUCAGACAGGAUGUACGGCCACGCCCUUGUUGCUGGCAUUGACCGUUACCCACGAAAGGUAACGAAGAGAAUGAGUAAAAAGAAGACGAAACAGAGGUCAAAAAUCAAGACAUUUGUCAAGGUCUUCAACUACAACCACCUUAUGCCGACCAGAUACUCAGUUGAUGUUUCCGUCAACAAGAAUGUCGUCAACAAAGAUGCUUUCAAAGAUCCUGCUCAAAAGAAGAAGGCACGAAGAGAAGUGAAAUCUAAAUUCAUUGAAAGGUACAAGACAGGCAAGAACAAGUGGUUUUUCCAGAAGCUGAGGUUUUAGAAUGCUCUGUAGAUAUUGUAAUUUGAAGGCUAAAUAAAAAUAACGGGAAGUGAA